AUGAAGGCGUGGGGAGGAACCCUUAUCCUUUGGGAGAGACCAAGCGAAGAAUGUGCAUUUGAAAAUCCCAUCGAUUGUGACAGUGAUCCAAAAUACAAACAUAUUAGAACUUAUGACGGCAGUUGUAACAACUUGCAGCAUCCAUAUUGGGGAAAAGCUAGAACGCCAUUGGCACGUUUCCUUAAAUCGGAUUAUGAUGACGGAACUGGUUCACCAAGGCUUCUUGGUAAAGAUGGAGAUGCAUUACCAAACCCAAGAGAUAUACGCCUAAGCAUUCACGAGAAAAGUCUGCCUAUCCACGAACUUAAGAAUCAUUCACAUUUCCUGAUGCAAUGGGGGCAAAGAACAAGUCAUGAUAUGUUAUUAAAGGUGGAAUCAAAAGAAGAUCUGGACUGUUGUGGCGAAGAUAGCGGAAAAGAGAAUUGUGAAAUACCAAUACUUGUGAGAUCCGAUGACCCUUACUACAGCCAAUAUAAAAGAACUUGCUUGAACUUUAGAAGAUCCAAAGCAUCUGCUGAUCUUAAAUGCACAUUUGGUACCCGGCAACAACUGUCAAAUGUCACCAGCUUCAUCGACGCAUCUGACUUAUAUGGAUCUAAUGAUGUCACAAAUGCAAAUCUUCGAACAAAAGUAGACGGAGAUUUCCGAGCAAACCAACAUCCUGCAUUAAUGUCACUGCAGACGAUUCUCUUCAGAGAACACAAUCACAUAGCCAGGAAACUUAAAUUCCAAAAUCCAGAAUGGAACGACGAAAAGCUUUUUCAAGAAUCAAGAAGAAUUGUCAUUGCAGAAAUACAACACAUCACCUUUAGUAGUUUCCUACCCAACAUUCUCGGCUCGAAGAUCAUGAACCUCUUUGACCUGUACCCCCGUCCUAUAGAAGAAUACUUUACAGGGUACGAUGACAGAGUGAUACCAACGAGCAGAAACAGUUUCAUGGCCGCUGCUUUUAGGUUUGGUCACAGCUUGGUAAAUGACCAUCUUGCGUUUAAAGAUUGUGCUGGGAACAAGGAAAGAACACUAUUUCGACAUCUUUGGGGAAAUCCUGAUAAACUGUAUGAAGCAAAUGGAAUUGAAAAAACAUUACGUGGGCUUCAGGAAGAACAUUCACAGAGUGUCGACAGAUAUAAGUCCGAAGAAAUGAUCCGGUUUUUUGAGAGUCCUGAUCAAGCUGGGACUGACGUGAUAUCAAUGAACAUCAAUAGAGGGAGGGACCAUGGCAUUGCUGGAUAUAUGGAAUGGAGAAAGAUGUGCAAACUAUCAACCGCUGAUCAGUUCUCCUCCUUGACAGACCACACACCCGAGAUGGUCAAACUACUACAAAGUCAAUACAGACAUCCUAGUGAUAUAGAUUUAUUUGUUGGAGGUGUAACAGAGACGCCAUUGCCAGAAGCAUUAGUGGGACCUACAUUUGCCUGCAUUAUCGGUCUUCAAUUCAAAGCUUUAAAAUAUGGCGACCGCUUUUACUACGAAAAUAGCCACCCUGAAGUUAGAUUAACCAUAACACAACUGAAGGAAAUCAAGAAAACAACCCUGGCUGGGGUUGUCUGCCGAAAUACUAAUAUUGGUGAAAUCCAGAAGGACGUGUUUUCUCAUGGGUAA